CGCCUUCAUUCUCGAGGCACUUCGUGCUGCCAUCAAUUUGUCUACCUUCUGCCAUCGGUUCCAUCUGGUCAACGGCGCAUACGUAGCUGCGCUUACGACGAUUUCCGUUUACCAUGGAUAUUUCUACCACUCACUCGACCCUCACCACUAUUGGUGGAUGGGCGGUCAUGAUUGGACUUGGCGGACUUUUCUGGUACCGUAGUAAACAGAAGCAGCUACAGAAGCGAACUGAACGUCGUGGUUCCUUCACUAGACAAUCAGGAAAACAGAAUGAAGUUGGUCUAGGAAGUGACGCUAAGAAGAAGACGGAGAAGCCCGCAAAACCAAAGCCGAAGCCGAAAGCCCCGGCAGACGCACCGACUCAACCUGCCCCAUCAAACAUCGAUUACAAUCGCGAACAGGUCGAGGCCGCCGAUAAGAAAGCUGACCGGGAAUUUGCUCGUCAACUAUCCACUACUCACGCUGGAACCAAAUUUAACACCAAGAAGUCGGAUGAGAAGAAACAAAAGUCUGUCAAGCAGUCCAAGGCACAGGAGAUUUCCGAAGCACAAGCUGGAAAGAUAUCAGUCCCUUCCUCCCACGCCGGUGAUGCCGAUGAUGACUUGUCUUCCCAAGCCUCUCCUGUCGUUGUACCUGCUGAUAGCCGAGAUGUAUCUGAUAUGCUUGAACCUACUGCACCCGGUCCCUCCGUCCUUCGUCUAACUGAUGUUGACUCUGCCAAGAAGCCUAAGGAGCGAAAGCAGAAGGCGCCCGAAGUAGUCGAGACAAAGAAGCAACGUCAGAACCGAAAGAAGGCCGAGGCUGCUAAGGCUGCUCGUGAGGAGGAAGAGAAGGAGCGAAAGGUCAAGCUGGAACAGCAGCGACGAACUGCUCGCAUUGCCGAAGGACGCGCCGCUAAGGACGGCUCCACCUUCGCAGCUAACACUCAAAAUGCCUGGAAUGGUAAGCCUACCAAUGGCGACAACAACACCGUUCAACCGUUAGAUACGUUUGACGAGAAGCCAAAGGCAGAGCCCGCGAAGGCUGCUAAGCCUGUUGCCACGAAGGCUGCUGAGCCGAUCAAGGAGAAAGCCGACCCUUGGAUCUCCGGUGUACCAUCCGAGGAGGAGCAGAUGGAGAUGCUUCGACAAGAGGACUCCUGGAACGAGGUGAAGACGAAAAAGAAGGGAAAGAAGAAGGAUGUGUCCGGUGAGACGUCGACACCUUCAGCACCGGCCACAAAUGGUGGUAGCACUCCGACCGCCAAGCCUUCGGCCCCGGUCAACGGCACCAACAAGAAGCCGAUCCUAACCAGCAGCAACUCCUCUUUUGCUGCUCUCACUCCUGAGGAGACUGAUGAUAAUGACGAGGAAGAGUGGGACGUAUGAAGUUGAGACAUUGGGACGUUGGGCACCUCGAUACCGGCACACUCUACUUCUUUAUACAUUUUACCCGCCGUGAAUAUUGCAUAGAUUUCAUGACUUAACCCCUUUUCUUUCAACGGUCGACCCCCCUGUUGUACAGUAUUCUCCACCAUCACCGUACCAUUACCGUACCAUCACCGCCUUUACAUCGAAUCAAUCACACUACAGACACGGACGUCAGGCAUCGCGAAACCAAAAAAUUAAGGGCUUGGACUUGGAUCGGGCAAGGGAGAUUCGUUUUAUUUUUCUACUUUGUUGCUGGAUGCCCGAACGAAACACAGAACUUGACCGCCCUUGCUUUGUAUCAACGACUACGUUUUUUUCUCUUCUUCUACUCGUUGCAGCUGAUCUCUGCACCAACGGCGCGACAAUCUCGUGCUACCCGACUCCCAUUUCAGCCUGAUUGAGAUGUGGAGAGGUCGUGCUAAUGUUUUCGUGCCCACAGUUGGCGGACAGAUGGGGGCACUAUUUUCUUAAAAAUUCGAAGUAGCUAUGAGAUCAGAGUAGCACAAUGGAUGCGCAUACUUUCCUUUUUAACGUGUCUGCUUAUUGGUGAAACCGUGACGCGAUCUAAGCAUAUGUGCCAUGCCCUAGUUAUAUUAUAGAUUUCUGUGGUUCUAGAGUAAAUGUAGCUGAAUUGGUCUGAAUGGAUUCAAUUGAUAAUGGCUAGAAGGUGAUCAAUAGGUCGUAGUAGAUCUACGGCUUUUCC